UAACGCGAUACCAGCUUGUGAAUGAACAUUGGGAUACUCGGAAGUGUGGCGUACUCCAGUCCUGUGUUUACGGAUAGACCGGAAGUGUGGCUUCGUUUACAGUUCGGCACGUAGGACGGAGAGUAGUGCAUCUAGAGACAUAUUCCCAACGGAUUUGACAUGGUGUUUGGUCUUGAAUGGAAUUGUAGUCUUAGGCCAGUCUUAGGUUUUUGAACAGGAUAGUAGGUAUCCGGAGUCGAUUGAGGGCCAGAGCAGGCACCGGGGUUCGGAUCCUGGGCAAAGUUCCCCACGUUGAGGGUCUCGAGGACGCCUAGAUCUCUUUCCCAGGGCCAUGGCGAACCCGAAGCUGUUGGGACUGGAGCUAAACGAGGCGGAGGCGAUAGGUACUGAUUCGGCGCGAUUUGAGGAGCUGCUGCUGCAGGCCUCGAAGGAGCUCCAGCAAGCCGAGACAACCAGACCAGAAUCGACACAAAUCCAGCCUCAGCCUGGUUUCUGCAUAAAGACCAACUCUUCGGAAGGGAAGGUUUUCAUCAACAUCUGCCACUCCCCCUCUAUCCCUCCUCCCGCCGACGUGACCGAGGAGGAGCUGCUUCAGAUGCUAGAGGAGGACCAAGCUGGGUUUCGCAUCCCCAUGAGUCUGGGAGAGCCUCAUGCAGAACUGGAUGCAAAAGGCCGGGGCUGUACCGCCUACGACGUAGCUGUCAACAGCGACUUCUACCGGAGGAUGCAGAACAGCGAUUUCUUGCGGGAGCUCGUGAUCACAAUCGCCAGGGAGGGCCUUGAGGACAAAUACAACUUGCAGCUGAAUCCGGAAUGGCGCAUGAUGAAGAACCGGCCAUUCAUGGGCUCCAUCUCGCAGCAGAACAUCCGCUCGCAGCAGCGUCCUCGGAUCCAGGAGCUGGGGGACCUGUACACGCCUGCCCCCGGAAAAGCUGAGUCAGGCCCUGAAAAGCCUCACCUGAACCUGUGGCUGGAAGCCCCCGACCUCCUCUUGGCCGAAAUUGACCUCCCCAAACUGGAUGGAGCCCUGGGGCUGUCGCUGGAGAUCGGGGAGAACCGCCUGGUGAUGGGGGGCCCCCAGCAGCUGUAUCAUCUAGACGCCUAUAUCCCGCUGCAGAUCAACUCUCAUGAGAGCAAGGCAGCCUUCCACCGGAAGAGAAAGCAAUUAAUGGUGGCCAUGCCGCUUCUGCCGGUGCCUUCUUGAUCAGGGUGUCUCCCUGCGCUUCCGAGAUGUGGAGAAGGGCCUCCCUAAAGUUGAAAUAAAAGAUUUUUGCCUUU